GGCGACCACCAUCUACUCUUUCUUGGCUUUCGCUUUUCUGCGAUCUGGCCGUCGUAUCUGGUUGUUGUUUGCAUGCAUAGACUCUACGGACAUUUUUUCACUCGACAUGCUGGGCGACGACGUCUGAUUCAGGCUGUAACGGCACUAAGUGCUGGAGGCUCAGCGUAUUACCUCUCUCGCAAGGCUCUGGUACAUUUGGACAUCGAUGAUAUACACAAUCUAGAUGUCGUGCGGAAGGUGGUCAGGCCUCGUCAAGAUCUUACAGGCCUAGAAGCAAAACUACGUCGCUUUGAGAUUUCUGACGAGUAUGACGACGUUACAGGCAUUCGACGUCGUGAUUGUUCGUCGAUACCGAGGUGAGAGCACUGUGCGACCCUUUCGUGCCAACGACCCUAUGGAAGACUGCCUCUCCGAAAGGAUGUACCCUGUUCCUGAUGGCUUCCACUCAUUCUUCACUGUCCUUGACGGUCACAACGGUCCGAAAACAAGCAACUGGCUAGUUGAAAACCUGUUGGAUGCUCUGCUGGGGAGUCUAUGCGAUUUAUACAGCCGCGUCAAGGGAAAUGAUAUAAGACCCGUACCAGAGAAAGAACCACUCGUGGAAGACAUCGAGAAGACCAUCAAGGACACCUUCAAACGCGUCGACGACCAGAUAGUCCUCGAGGCAGCCGAGAAGGCUCUCGCAGCCCCUACUCGUGAAGACGGCAUAGAACUCCUCGCACAAGCAUACUCAGGCUCCUGUGCCACGGUCGCUUUCUACAAUUCCCACACUCGGCUUCUUCACGUCGGCGCCGUCGGGGACUCACGCGCUGUCCUCGGACGCCGGGUCGCGCACCCAGAUGGCCUUGGCUACGUGUACGAGGUGCGCGAGCUCAUCAUCGACCAGAACGGCUGGAAUCCCGCGGAGCAAUCUCGUCUUCUCGCUCAGCACCCCGGCGAGCAAGUCGUGCAGAACGGCCGGGUGAUAGGAUGGGGUGUGUCCCGGGCGUUUGGCAAUGGGAGGUACAAAUGGUCGCUAGACCUCCAGAGGCGCUUGGCUGAGAAAAACCUCGUAUACCCUCCGCCAGGCAAACUGAAGACCCCUCCGUAUCUCAUCGCUGAACCGGAGGUGACCACGACCAAGAUUGAGCCCGGCGACUUUCUCAUCAUCGCGAGUGACGGGCUCUGGGAGUGGCUCACUAGCGAAGACGCGGUCGGGCUCGUUGGCUGGUGGCUCGACUGGAGAGCAACCGACCCCAGGGGCCCGGUUCGCCAGCGUGGGCGACAGCCUCUGCUUCCCAAGGAGCUUCCCGUAGCAGGCGACUUUGAUCCUGACGCUGUGCGCGUGAGAACUCCUAACCAAGAACCGCGAUUUGUGAACAAGGACGAGAAUGCCGCCACCCAUCUCAUCAGGAACGCCCUGAGUGGUACGGGCAAGGAACGCUUUGCUAGAGUGCUGGAGUUAGAACCUGGACAGGAAUCGAGACGACGAAGGUUUCUCUUCCGGUCUAUCCGUUGCUCUGAACAUUUCUGACCAUUACGUAUAGGGACGAUAUAACUACCGUUGUUGUGUUCUUUUCGUGAGAAGAUGUCCCCGGCAAAAUAGAAGCUGUGCAGGCCUGUUGGAGUUACUUCUCGGCCUUUGCGAGCCUGUUAGACCAAACCGAAACUUACCGAGCUGGUUUUCCUGCUUGCGGGACGCUGUAAAAUGUAUAUGUCGACCCACUGCUAACGAGACCGCUCAAUGCUUUGCUCUACUGGUGAACAUUUUCUCAUGCAUUUCUAUCGUGACUAGACGUCCCGAACGUUUGUUUUAGUGAUGGACAGAAGUGAGACAUUCUUCGGUAUGUUUCCCGGUUUCGGCAACAACUUUC